UGCUGGCAACCUGAAGCUUUCAACAGUCACGAAAAGUAUUGAUAGAGUUUAGAAAUCAGCUGGUUUUUUCAUUUCUGUAAACAAACAAUGGACAAACUAACAACAGAAGAAGAUACAACUGUUUCAAAAAUAAAAGUCUUGGCUAUCGGAGAUCCCGAUGAAGACAUGCCCAAGGAACCGGAAACAUCAAAAUACUUGUAUCAACAAAAUCUCCAAGCUGAUUUUAGGAAACACUUGGGUUAUCUCUUGCUGGGUACUCGCACUCCCAUCGAAGUAGUCGAAGAUUGGAAUACGGUGCGAAGAUUCGAAGCGAAGAGCGUCAAGGAAGAUAAUAAGCCAAGACGAUAUUCCUUUCACUUUACAAAGCCAGGAAAGUGUGUGCCGGGGACCAUGAUAAGUGGGCCUGUAAUUGAUGGUGCUGCAGUUCUGCAGGAAGUUAAAAAGCGUUUAAAUGAGGAGAAUUGGAUAUCGGAGAAUGUGAUACAAACGCCGCUCAAGACAACAGAGAGUAAAGAAUAUUAUAACAGUGAUAUGUUUAUUCAGAAGAUAGUAUCAGAUGCAAUAGAUACAGAUGGAACUAGACUGUUUAAAUAUGUGCUAAGCUUGCAUAGAGCUUAUAUGAAUGAAAAUAAAAGGAGAAAAUAAAGUAGUUAAAUUAAUCAA